CCUAAGGAUUAAGUAGUGUUAUCUGUUAAAUUAAUCAUGGCUUUUGCAUUAUUAUCAUCACCAUCACUUGUUUCAGUUUGUGACAAAACCUUUAUUAAACCUUCUUCUCUCACCCCACCUACUCUUAGAUACCACAAACUCUCUUACAUUGAUCAAUUCCAAAGUAAUAUGUAUAUUCCUUUGGCACUUUUUUACCCUAAAGUACAACAAAGAGAGGAGUCAACUAAUUAUUCUCAUAAUGAACUAUCCCAUAUAGCACACUUGCUACAAACAUCUCUAUCAAAAACUCUAGUCUCUUACUAUCCUUACGCUGGAAAAUUGAGAGACAAUGCUAUUGUUGAUUGUAACGAUAUGGGAGCUGAGUUUUUGAGUGUUCGAAUAAAAUGUCAUAUGUCUGAAAUACUUGAUCAUCCUGAUGCAUCUCAUGCAGAGAGUACAGUUUUUCCCAAGGACUUGCCUUGGGCGAAUAACUAUGAAGGUGGUAAUUUACUCGUGGCACAAGUAAGUAAGUUUGAUUGUGGGGGAAUAGCUAUCAGUGUAUGCUUAUCGCACAAGAUUGGUGAUGGUUGCUCUGUACUCAAUUUCCUUAAUGAUUGGUCUCGUAUCUCUCGUGGUCGUAUGACAACAACUUUGGCUCCUAAAUUUGUAGGAGAUUCUAUUUUCUCGUCAAAUAAUUAUAGUCCAAUUAUUGCGCCACAAUUGUUGUCUAAUGUCAGUGAAUGUGUACAAAAAAGAUUUAUUUUUCCUACAACCAAGUUAGAUGCACUUCGAGCUAAGGUAGCAGCAGAAUCGGGAGUAGAAAAUCCAACAAGGGCUGAAGUUGUGAGCGCGCUACUUUUCAAAUGUGCAAUUAAGGCAGCAUCAAGUACAACUACUUCAAUGCUUAUGCAUCGUCCAUCAAAGCUUGUUCACUUUUUAAACGUACGUAGUUUGCUCAAAUCUCGUCUACCUCAAAGUGCCAUUGGAAAUAUUUUGUCCAUUUUCUCCACAAUAGCAACUAACGAACAAGACAUUGAGUUGCCAAGGUUGGUUCGUAAUUUAAGGGAUGGAGUUGAGGUGGCGUACAAGAAAGAUCAAGUGGAAGAAAAUGAAUUGAUCUUAGAAGUAGUAGAAUCCAUGAGAAAAGGGAAAAAACCAUUUGAUGAUGAAUAUGAGAAUGUGUAUGCUUGUAGUAAUCUUUGUAAAUAUCCAGACUAUAAUGUGGAUUUUGGAUGGGGAAAACCUGAAAGAGUUGGUUUACCAAAUGGUCCUUUCAAGAAUGUAUUCUUCUUGAAAGAUUACAAAAUUGGUGGGGGUGUGGAUGCACGGGUAAUGUUGCAGAAACAACAUAUGUCUGAAUUUGAACGCGAUGACGAACUUCUUCAACUUAUUUCCUAA